CAAUCUUCAGAUCUUUGAUCCAUGUGUCCCUCAUCGAUUGUUUGCAUCUUGAUCUUUCUUCAGAUCUCCCAUUUGCUAAUUGCAGGUCAAUAUCAAAUCAUUCCACCCCAAAACCCUAUAGUUGGUUUCCUUGGAAAAGAAGUGAUCCUGCCAUGUCAACUAACAUCAAGGGUACCAAAAAGCACCAACAUCCAGGUCCAGUGGAUCUUGGAUAAAUCCUCAGAAAAAAUUGACGUGAAAUCCUACUAUGGUCGAAACAAGCCAGAAACACAGGAUAACAGAUACCAAGGUCGAGCUGAGCUUUACCAGAAUGAUCUUAAUACAGGGAACAUGUCUCUGAUUCUGAAGAAAACCAAUCUGUCUGACCAAGGAAAAUACACCUGUAUGAUCUUCCUUGGAGACUGGUAUAAUGAGGUGGUGGUUGAGUUGGUUUUGGCAGCAAAAGGAACAGAGCCCACAAUUGCUUUGGUGGAUUAUAAAGGCUCGGGGAUUGGUCUCACCUGCAGCUCCAAUGUUUGGUACCCAAAGCCCAAGGCUUUCUGGCUGGACAGUGAAGGGAAAGUCCGAAGUAAACAGUCAGACACUACAAUCACAGUGACCAAGGCAGGGAACUUCAGUGUUUCCAGUUCCAUUACAAUAGAAUCAGGAGUUGACCAUGAAGUCUCUUGCAAAAUCAUCAACGAACUGCUAGGGAUGGAGAGUGAAUCAAGAAUCCUGAUCUCUGAUGCCCUUUAUCCUGCUACUUCCCCUUGGCUAGCACCCUUCCUAAUCAUUCUGUUGCUUUACAUCUGCCUUCUUGUUGGUGCUGGGUACAAAGUCAAACAGAAUUAUCAGAAAUUAUCUCAAUGUGAAAAACGGAUGGAUGAAGCACAAGAUGAAACUGAGAAAUGCACAGGACAAGCAAAGGUUAAAAGAGCUCAGGAAUACGCAGUUGCUGUCACUUUGGAUUCAUAUUAUAAACAUCCAGAUAUCAGCAUCAGUGAGGAUAAAGAAAGAACCAGCCUUCAACCUCUCACCCCAGGGGAAGGAGCAACUGCUCUGGGAACUCAGAUUUUUGUGGGGAAGGAAGGUUAUGCUGCUGGGAAACACUACUGGGAGGUGGAGGUGGGAGAAAUGUUGGACUGGGAGCUAGGAGUGAUGACUCAGGCUGAAAGGGACAAAUUCAGAGAGAAAAGGGUUGUUAAGUCCUUUCAGGAAGGCUGCUGGGCUCUGAGAAGCAGCCAAGGAAAAUUAUUUUCCGUUCCAUGUGAGAAAGAGAUUGAAAAGAAGGUCCAUCAGUCUUAUUCAGUGAUUGGUUUGUUACUGGAUCAAGAAAAAUGGGAAAUCUUAUUUUAUAGUGCCAGCAACGACAAAUUCCUUAUAGAUUCUAUCCCCAUUAAAUCCACUGACAAAUUGUACCCAUUUUUUGAUUAUGGCAGUGCUUCAGAAAACAGUGGUCCAAAGCCAUCAGGAAAAAAGUAUUGCUUCAGAAAUCAGUUAUCAGCUAUUAAAGAAAAGGUUUUUAAGAAACUGUGA